UUUGCCCCGGCUCUACCCCGGGCCCGGCUUCACCCGCGGCCGCCUCUCCCGCCCUCACGGCCCCGCCGCUCCGGCCCCACAGCGCCAUCCGUGCCCCCGCUCCCGAGGAAGGAAGAAGAAUGUCCCAAAAACAGCUGAAAGAAGCCUUUAUCAGCAAUCUGAACGGAACGAGUUUGCUGGAAAUUACUGCAGGCUUGUCCCUGCCUCCACUGUGCCUGCUCUGCAGAGGGCUCCUCCUGAUCCUGUACUACCUGCACCACGGAAAACCUCUAAGCUCAAGGAAGUACAGCCUGCUGCUGGACUUCUUGGUGCUGGUGUCUCCUCUCGUGUUGUCCUGCACUGUUUUGUCUCCAAUCAUCUUUUUCGUACCAGUUAUCCUUGCUGCCUUCUGUGCCGGAAUAUUUUCCAAAAUAUACAGCCAGACAAAACGGGAGGCCAGAGCUCCCUUUGGGCAAAUUGUAAAAGAAUUCCAGAAGGCCUGCUUGGACCCCGAGUGCAUUCCAGCAAUAACUGUGUUCCGUGUUUAUGUCAACGUGCUGACAUCCAUCAGCAUUCUGGCCGUGGAUUUCCCGCAGUAUCCCCGGCGAUACGCCAAGGCCGAGACCUACGGCACCGGAGCCAUGGAUUUCGGCGUGGGAGCCUUCAUCUUUGGAAAUGCUCUUGUUUGCCCUGAGGUUCGGCAGAAGGCUCACACGGCACAGCCCAGGUUCUCCAGCCUGGCCAGGCAGGUUUUUUCCGUGUGGCCGCUGAUUUCCCUCGGCGCGGGGCGGCUGCUGAGCGUUAAAUCCAUCGAGUACCACGAGCACACCUCGGAGUACGGGGUGCACUGGAACUUCUUCUUUACCUUGGCACUGGUGAGACUCGCAGCCUCUCUGCUUUUAGCCAUAUUCCCCAAACACAAGGCUUGGCUUGUGGCUCUAGCUGUGGCUGUGCCUUACCAGCUCCUCCUCAGCACUACCUCUCUGAAGACGUUCAUCCUGCACGGCAGCGACGGCCGGGGCUCCCGGCUCGGCUUCCUGGAUGCCAACCGGGAAGGGCUGUUCUCCCUCUUUGGCUACCUGGCCAUCUACCUGGCGAGCGUGCAGGUGGGGCUGUGGCUGCUGCAGCGCAGGAGCUCGGUGAGGGGCUGGCUGGAAGCCCUCGGGGGGCUGGCCCUGGCCGUUGUGGUGCUGUCGGCGUUGCUGUGGCUGUGCCAGGCGUGCAUGGAGCCCGUGUCCCGCCGCGUGGCCAACCUGCCCUUCUGCACCUGGGUGCUCGCCCACUGCCUGCUGCUGCUGGGCUUCUUUGUGCUCGCUGACCUCGCCCUGGUGUUCACAAAGCUGCUGGUCAAGGGGUCCAGCGUGCCCUGCUGCUGGAAGGUUGUGCAGCCCCCCGAUUCCGGGAAAAAGCACGGAAUGGAGGCCGAGCCGGUGGGGAGGCAAGACAAGCUGUCACAGCUGUGCCUGAUUAGUGCUAUUAACAAAAAUCAAUUACUGUUUUUCUUGCUAGCGAAUGUUAUGACUGGUGCUGUGAACAUCCUGAUAGACACAAUCCACAGCAAGGCUGCCUUUGCGUUAUGCGUACUGCACUUGUACAUGUUUUUUAACUGUUUAAUUAUGUAUGUGUUGCAUGCCAGAAAUGUAGUAUUAAAGUUUUGGUGAUUCCA